AAAAUACCGCAGAAAAAUAUUUUCUAAAGAUUUACUAUAAAACUAGGAAUCUAUCAAAACGUCGAGGCAUCAUUAAAUGUGAUUUCUGAACAUUUUCACCACUCCCGAACUGCGUUAAAAAGUAUCCCAUGAUGCUCCAUGAACAGGGGAAUUUUCCCAUAAUACAUCACGGCAGUAAUAGAAUCCGGUUUCCCAUGAACCUCUCUUCCUUUUCGCCGUUGGAGUUGCCGCUGCUGGAGCGGUUGCUGUCAUUAUGAAGGUCGAGUUGUGCAGCUUCAGCGGGUACAAGAUAUAUCCGGGCCAUGGCCGCCGCUACGCGCGCACGGAUGGCAAGGUUUUCCAGUUUCUUAAUGCAAAAUGUGAGUCAGCAUUCCUCUCCAAGAGAAAUCCCCGUCAGAUCAACUGGACUGUUCUGUACCGGCGCAAGCACAAGAAAGGGCAGUCUGAAGAGGUGCAAAAGAAACGUACACGACGUGCUGUCAAGGGCCAUAGAGCAAUCACAGGUGCCUCUUUGGCUGAAAUAAUGGCAAAGAGAAAUCAGAAACCUGAAGUACGAAAGGCCCAAAGGGAGCAAGCCAUUAGAGCUGCCAAGGAAGCAAAAAAAGCUAAGCAGGCGACAAAGAAGGCAGUACCUUCCACAACAAAGGCACCUUCAAAGGCUGCACCAAAGCAGAAGAUUGUGAAGCCAGUGAAAGUAUCUGCUCCUCGUGUUGGUGGAAAACGCUAACUUGCCAUGGCAUUUUGGUUAUGUCAAAUAAAUGUUUGACUUGUAA